AACGCCCUACAUCAUCUUAUCUUUGAAUUUUUGGUUUCCUUCUCACAUUUGCAAGAAAAAUACUGUAGAAGUUAAAGGCUCUCAUCGUUUCCGGCAGAACCAUGGCAAUGACGAUGACCACUGCAAUGGCGGCGUCACCCUCCCGCCAGCUGUUUAUCAAAUCUCAACAUAGUAUCAUCAGCACCGUUCCCAAGAACGUGUUGUCCAGCCACGUGGCCAUUUACCCUGCAACGACAAUUACAAAUCAGGGAUUAUCAAACCACUGUAUAUUCUCGCAAAGAAGCCUAAGAUAUUUGGUCAAACCAGUAUGUGCAACUGGUUCAAGUUUGGAGGCAGAUAUUGCUGAUGAUGAGUCUUUAAUAACCGUUAAAAAUGCAAAAAUAUCAGUUGAAUCCGAAGAUGCUGACAAGAUACAAGUAAGAGUAGAUGUAACAGAGGAAGACACGAAAAUAGUUUUCGAAAAAGUUUUGGCGAAUUUAGCAAAAUCAGCGCCACCUGUACCAGGAUUCCGUAGGGCAAAAGGAGGGAAAACAUCAAAGGUUCCUAGGGAUUUUAUGUUGCAGAUACUUGGUGAAGAACGAGUUACGAAAUUUGUAAUACGAGAAAUUGUUACCUCAACACUUGCUGAUUAUGUGAAGAAGGAGAAUUUAACAGUGAAGGAUAACAAGAUUAGUACUACUCAAAGUGCAGAUGAACUAAAAUCAUCGUUUGUUCCGGGAAAUGAAUUCGGAUUCAAUGCUACAUUAGAGCUUGAAAAAUCAGAAAUUGAAGCCACCACUAUAAACCCAUAGAAGACUUGUAACUUGUUCUUACUGAUUAAUCUCUUUGGCCAUACAUUCCAAAUGUUUUUCACUUUAUUUGGAAUUUAUGGAGUUGGAGUUGAAGAUGGUUAUAUUUUUUUGCUAAGUAUAUUUGGAAUAAUGUUAUUUUGGAUGUACUUUUUAAAUUUGAAAUACAACAUCAAAACUGAAAAGCGAGUUAGGAAACAUGUUAUAAGUUGUUUUUCAAAUUUGAAAUAAUAGCUUCAAGUUGGAUUUGGAAUUUUCAUGAUCAAAUACUAAUUUUCAAAUAAAGUGAAAAAUUAUUCACUAUUUCGUAAAAGAGAGAAAAGUUUAUAAGGCCAAAGGGGGCCUUGGAAGGUUAGUUUACAACUGAGCAAUACUUCCUGGGAAACAAAGAUAAAAAUCCUUCAUUUUUUGGCUUACAUUUAAGAUAUAUCUUAUCGUCUGCUUUUUUGGCAUCAAGAUAGUUGAUUGAAGUGGUAUAAAGGAAGGGUAUUUGAAAUGCUUAAAGUGAUCCUAUUUAGUGGUAAUAGUAGUGACAACAGUUAAUUAACAAGGGUUCAUGUGGAUUCUUUUGCUUCACAGUUUCGCACAACAAAUCUAAGAAAGGCAGAGGAAGAUACAAAUCUUUACAUGAGGACAUGAAAACUUGUCAUUCCAGAUGACAUUGUGGGAUAUAUGAUAUUGUUAAUUAUUGUGGCUUGAUUAUGUGGAGCAAUAUCUCGUUCAGAGAUGGUAAUUGGCUGGCAAUAAUUACAAAACAUGGAGAAGCGAUGUGGUUGAAGGUUAAGGGCCAGCUCCAGGAAAUUGUGGCUCAACAACAAUCUGAAGAAAAUGAGCAUCUAAUGAGUGCAGAUGAUGUUUUAAACACUGUACUUGGUGAUCGAAUUGGCUAUGUUUGUGGAAAGGGUACGGAAAGAGGCCUGCAGAAAAGAGUUGUUGCGGUAGAAAGUAUGCGCCAAGAGAUGCAAGCGGAAAUGGAAAGAAAAUUGCAAGAAGAACGUGAAUAAAUGGCUGCUGAGUUGCAUAGAAAAUUAGAAGAACAAGUGGCUCUAAGUUGCAAAGGAAACUAGAAGAGGAGCGUGCACGCAUGGAUAUACAAGUUGGCUAAAGGAUCCAAGUAAAGAUCGAUGCACUUAUGAUCAAAAUGCAACAGUAACAAGGAUAAAGGAUUCAACAACGGGGAAAUGAAGUUGCUCAAGCAGUUUUUGAAGGUAUUGGAAUGGUUUGGCUACACUUCUAUGUUUUUUUUCUUUUUUUGGGUCUAUGGUAGAAGACAUUGGCGUAUAUAUCCAUGUUUAUGCUUACGCACAAAGAUAAUGCGUUGACUACUUUGUGUUGUGCAGACCUGCAUUUAGCAAUGAGAAGAUUAUGUAGUUCUGUUUUGA